GACGGAACUGGAGGCUGGCCUCCGCUGGUGACGAGGAAUGUCAAGGGAAGGGAAGGAGGAGCUGCGGCCGUGUGUGGCUAGUUUGCGCGGUAGGAGGAGGCAUGGAAAGUUGGGGUACUUGCUGAGUGAAUAAGACAAGGCAGUUCUGGGUUUCUUGCAAUGAGAUGGCAGGAAGCCGAACGGUGUGUCGACGCGGCUUGAGCCUUCAGGCAAUGCUUGGUAACCACUGUAUUCUGCCUCUUCAAAUAGCUCAAGGAGGCUUGUUUAAGAAACGUAAAACUCAGCUAACAUACAGUGCACAUACCAGUUUGACUGAAGCAUGGAACAAAAUAUCCUUCACAGGCCAGCCAUUCAGCACUUCUCACACAACAGUGGAUCCUAAGGAGAUGAAGAAAUUCCAGCUCUUGGCACACAAAUGGUGGGAUGAGCAUGGAGAAUAUUCAGCCCUUCAUUCCAUGAAUGAUAUUAGAGUUCCAUUUAUUCGAGAUAUUGUUCUCAAUAUGAGAAAUGAUUAUCCUUUGGGAAGCCCUCUGUCUGGCAUGAAGAUCCUGGAUAUUGGUUGUGGUGGUGGACUGUUGACUGAGCCCCUAGGAAGAUUGGGAGCUUCAGUUACUGGCAUUGAUCCUUUGGAAGACAACAUCAAAACAGCGGAACUGCAUAAAUCAUUUGAUCCAGUCCUAGCCAAGAAAAUACAGUAUAAACCCUGUUCACUAGAAGAUUUUGUGGGAGAGACUUCGGAAACCUUUGACAUCAUUGUAGCUUCUGAAGUAGUAGAACAUGUGGCUGAUGUGGAAAUGUUUAUCAGGUGCUGCAGUGAAGUGUUAAAACCAGAAGGCUCUAUAUGCAUAACUACAAUCAACAAAUCACAGUUGUCUUACAUCUUGGGCAUUGUGGUUGCUGAGAAAGUAUUGGGCAUUGUUCCGGCAGGCACCCACGAGUGGGAGAAAUUCAUAGCUCCUGAAGAGCUGGAGCGGAUCCUAGAAUCAAAUGGUUUUUUAGUCAAGACAGUGAAAGGAAUGCUGUACAACCCUCUCUUUGGAUCCUGGAGCUGGAUUAAAAGCACUAGCAUUAACUAUGCCCUCCAUGCUAUCAAAUCCUGCGCACAGGAACAAUCAGAUCCAAGGGAACCACCUCUGGAGACAGACAAAGCACAGCUCCAAACUGAAGCUAGUGUCAGAAGUGGUUGUUGAGACAGGUAGCAAGUUGGAAGAAGAUUUGCACAAAACAUCUGUAAUAAUAAAUGAGCAAAGAAAGAAAUGCCUUGUGUUUAUAACGUUACUGGAUGUCAAAAUGUAUCUGCCAGCUUGUUCCAGAGCAAUCUGAAGGGAGAAGAAUUGUUCUUUCUUUGCAGUAACAAAUGAACAAAGCACAUUUGGGUCAUCUUGAGUAAGAAGUCAAUUGUGUACCCUACUGGUCAGGUAUUUGGAGAUGUUACUAGAAGAGAAUGGCUGUUCAUGGACUGAUUCUUUCAAAUAAAAUGUGUGCUUACAAGUUUUUAAAGAAUAA